UGAACUAGUGAAGACUUCCCAACACCUGCAAACGCAUGUAGAGAACAACACCCGAUCAGUGGACGUGUCUGGGAUAAAAACAGCUAAAAAGGCGGCGAGAUAACCGACAGAAGCCCUCAACGAACCACCGCGUUUGUGCAACGCGCGGCCAGGGCACCGCCGUCAGUCCCUCCUGACUCGAAGGCGAGUCCGAGGCCGCCGCGCCAGGCGCCCGUUAACGGCCAACGUUUACAUGAAACUCAGGAUCUGAACCUGAUAUGACUGACCCAGAUGUCCUCACUGAGGUUCCAGCAGCACUCAAACGCCUUGCCAAAUACGUGGUUCGUGGUUUUUAUGGCAUUGAACAUGCUUUGGCUCUGGACAUUCUCAUCCGGAACCCCUGUGUGAAGGAAGAGGACAUGUUGGAGCUCCUGAAGUUUGACAGGAAGCAGUUGCGGGCUGUCCUCAACACCCUCAAGGGUGACAAGUUCAUCAAAUGCAGGAUGAGGGUAGAGACAGCUCCAGAUGGCAAAACCACCCGUCAUAACUAUUACUUUAUCAACUACCGCCUUCUGGUUAAUGUGGUGAAGUACAAGCUGGACCACAUGAGGAGGAGGAUUGAGACUGAUGAAAGAGACUCCACCAAUCGCGCCUCUUUUAAAUGUCCCAUUUGCUUCAGCACUUUCACAGACUUGGAGGCCAAUCAGCUGUUUGACCCCAGGACAGGGACUUUCCGCUGUACUUUCUGUGAGACUGAAGUGGAAGAAGAUGAGUCGGCGAUGCCCAAAAAGGAUGCCAGGACACUCGUAGCAAGAUUUAAUGAGCAGAUUGAGCCUAUCUAUGCGCUGCUUCGGGAGACGGAAGACGUGAACCUAGCCUAUGAAAUCCUCGAGCCAGAACCCACGGAGAUUCCUGCCCUGAAGCAGAGCAAGGAACGGGCUGCUGCUGCUGGUUCAGGGACAGCUGGCCUUACAGGUGGACACCAUCGGGAAGCAUGGACUACAAAAGGACCCUCAUAUGAGGACUUGUAUACCCAGAACGUUGUCAUCAGCAUGGAAGACCAAGAGGAUCUCAGCCGGUCUGCAAGUGAAGGAAAGCCAGCCAGAGAGAGGCCAAUUUGGCUGCGAGAGAGCACAGUGCAGGGGGCUUAUGACCCUGAUGAAAUCAAAGAUGGUGGCCGGGAUCUGGAUGCAUUCCAGGAGCGUGAGGAGGGCCGGGCAGCUCUGGAUGACAAUGAGGAGGUCAUGCGUGCCCUGCUUAUCCAUGAGAAGAAGACACCCUCUGCUUCAACAGUCACCGUUGGAGGCGCGGCUCCUCUCUCUGGUGGCAACGCCAGUGACUCCGAGAGUGAGACAAGCGAGUCGGAGGAGGAAUCCCCCCCUCGUCCUGCCGCCAUGGCCACCACAACGUAUGGGUUGGAGGAUGAUGAGGAAGAUGAAGAGUUUGAGGUGGUGGCAGAGGACCCCACCGUCAUGGUGGCCGGGCGUCCACACUCUUACAGCCAAGUGAGCCAGCGCCCUGAGCUGGUAGCUCAGAUGACGCCAGAGGAGAAAGAGGUUUAUAUAGCCAUGGGUCGACGUAUGUUUGAGGACAUGUUUGAUUAACUGCUUCCUGCCAUGGCAUUUUUUAAAACGUGAAUUUUUAAGCCAGAGACUCCCUAGUAAAACCAGACUGAAGUGCAUCUUUUCUCCCCUGCCCGUGGGGACACUGGGGCUUGGACCUCCUAAUCUCAGGCAUCUUGCCCACCAAAGAGGGGCAUCAGGAAGGCUGCAUGUGCCAAAACAGGUAGGGGAGGUCAAGACUCAAAAGCGAGGAAGUUUGUGAGGUAAAACUGCUUUAGGGUGCUCUGCACAGGCACUGGGUUAAGCCAGUGCCUUCCCCCAGAUCUAUUUUUGUUGCAGAUCCUAAGAAAUUCCACAUCUCUGCCCUCAGAGGAUGCGAGUGCUCCGUGGUCUGAUCAAAGUGCUCUGCAGCAGAGGGUGUAAGUUACAUUACAGCUGCCUGUGCCGAAUGGGGGCGAGGAGGGGAGAGUGCUUGUCUGCUGAUGUGGUUGGGCAGGGCUUGUCUGCAGGCCUGGGCACAAAAAGCUUGUAUCUAACCUCUUGCCAGCCACGACUGGCCACAGGGCUGGUUAGUUCUAAUCAGCCCAGUGGGCAGCAACCCAUGUUAUUUUUCUUGCUCCCAUCUUCUCCUUUCUAGGUCUCUUACAGAGGGAGGUUACAGUCACGGCCAUGUCUGACUCUGCACUGUGUCCUGGCCAGGUUAUGUCUGCAUCAGUUUCCCAGGUUGUUGAGCACUCUGGGGGGGGCAGCUGGAGAUGUUAAUUACAAGGGAGCAGUAGCACAACUGGGUGACUUGUCUGUUGUAGAUGGGGGAAGAGUAGGAAGCAGAGCUCUGCACCAGUUCCUUGGUGGUGGUUGUGAGAACGGUCACAAGAUUUUCAACCUGUGUUUUAGCCUCAGUGUUUCAGAGCUCAGGAAUUUCACUUCUCAAAUUGAAAAGACAAAUAUUUUCCUCCUCCUGUCAGCUCCAUCCUUUACACACAAGGCUGUGUAACUGUAGGGACCAUCUACACCAGCACCUAGAGCAUGGCUUGCUUCUUCAGAGAUGUUGAGCAUCGCUCUCCUGCAUUUCAGUGGGAAAUGCUUAGUCCCUCAAGGUCAGACGUAACUUGAAGCAUCCAGAGUGAAAGCCUUGGCAGGCACAUACAGUCACUCUUUGUCACUCUUUGUAACAAAAGCCUUCCAUGGAACCUAAGCUGUCAGAGCACUCUGACUUACUAGGAGAUCCCUUCAUUUUCUGGCAUUACUGCCUAUCGCUUCUCCCUAGCCGUAUCCAAACUCCAGUGUUGCAGGCAGUUUGCAGUGGACAGGGCUGCAGCCAAGCUGUAUCAGAAAAGUAGCAGAGCUAAUUUUUAUUUUCAGUCUCACUAGGGUUGUAUCCUUUUAAAAAAAUUAUGCCGUUUUGAAUUCUGCUUUGGCACACUGUCUUACCACAGAAAAACAUGUACCAGUGCCUCCAGAGCAAUAUCAUAUUUGUAAUGUUUUCUCUUUCAACUGAAAGUAUUGUUUUUUUAAAUUGUUGUGUUUUCUUACCCCAGUGCUACAGUAAAACAAAAUGAUAAAAGACUUGUGUGUUGCAAAGAGUAGGGCUGGUAUCAAGUGCUAUUCAAUUUACAUGGGCAGGGUGGAUUUGCUGCUCACUGAGACUAUAGGUCUAUUUUAUACUAACUAGGCUUUGUAUGUUUUGCUGACCUUGUAAUGCCUCCUUCGUGGUUUUGUUUUCAGCUUCUUGAUAUUUUGAAACCCCUCCCCUUUUUUAAAAUAGUGUUUUAAAU